AUGAGUGGAAACAAUCCAAAAAGUAUAGCAGAUGCAGCAAAGCUUUGUGAAAAAGUAGGAUAUGAUGAAAUAAAUUUGAAUGUAGGAUGUCCUUCUGAUAGAGUUUAAAAUGGAAAAUUCGGCGCUUGCUUAAUGAAAGAGCCAACUUUAAUAGCAGAAAUUAUGAGAGAAAUAAAAAAGGUUUGCUCGAUUCCUUGUACAGUAAAAUGCAGAUUAGGGGUUGAUGAGUUCGACUAAUAUGAAUUUGUUCAUUAGUUUGUGAAAGUAGUUUCAGAAGAAGGUUAAGUAGAACAUUUUAUUAUUCAUGCAAGAAAAGCCUUUUUAAAAGGGUUGAAUCCAGCUUAGAAUAGAAAUAUUCCACCUUUAAAAUAUGAUUAUGUUUUAAGAUUAAAAAAAGACUUUCCAAAUUUAAAAUUUACUAUUAAUGGGGGGUUCAAAACUUACGAAAGUAUUGAAGAUAUUUUAAGAGAUGAAAAUUAAUUGUAUGGAUGUAUGGUAGGAAGAUUAGCUUAUGAAAAUCCUUGGAAACUUUCAGAUGUAGAUAGAAGGUUUUUUGGAAAGAAAAACCCAGGACUAUCUAGAAAAUAAAUUUUAGAGGAAUGGGGAAAAUAUGGAAAAUAUGUCUAAGAAGAAGAAGAAAAUAAUUUGAAUUAUAGUACCCUUAAUAAGCCUAUAAUCAAUUUAUUUGCUGGUGAAAAAAAUAAUUCUAUUUACAGAUAGUUUUUAAGUGAUAGAAGUUUUUUUAAGAAGUUUGAAAAUUAUUAGAUUUAUAUAUAAAAUUGCAUUUAAGAAUAUGAAAAAAUAAAUCCUGAAGCUAUGAAUUAAAAGCCUAUAACAGAUGAGGCGGUUGAAAAUAAUUUAUCCUGCUAACUUAUAAAAGAAGAUAAAUUUUUAAAUUAUAAUAUAAAAAAAAAUGAUAAUAAAAAAAAAAUUAUUUAAAAUGUAUGA